AUCUUCCUAUAAAAUACUACUAGUACCUAUUUCAUGGUAAGCUAAAAAUGAGAGGUUAGUUGAAUUAAAGAAACAUCAUGUCCAAAUCUAACUUUGAAUCGUACCCUCCAUUGUUUCGCCCAGCAAACAUCCCAAGGUUGGACAGAGAUAAAGCAGAGACACUAUCAAAGUUAGCAGUGGAGGCUGCUAAUAUCCCUGUGAUAUCGAUUGACUUACAAUGCACAACAAGCUGUAUGAGCGAAGCGUGUAGAAAUUGGGGAUUAUUUCGUUUGGCGAACCAUGGUAUUCCAAUUACGCUGUUGAACCAAAUUGAAGAACAUGCUAAAAAGCUCUUCUCUCUGCCCUAUGAAACUAAAAAAGCCUUCUUCUCAAGCAGCCCUAUAUCCUACUUUUGGGGUACCCCUGCUCUAACUCCUUCUGGAUCUGCUAUACCACAAAAACCAAAUAAUCAGCAGAGCCUACAAUGGAUGGAAGGAUUCAAUGUUUCUUUAUCUCAAUUAUCACAUCUUCAUUAUCAAGAUGUAUUGCUCGAAACUUUCAGAUGCUUGCUAGAAGAAUAUGGGAAACAUCAAAGUAGGCUGGCUACGACAAUAUUCAAGGUUUUGGCAUCAGACCUGAACCUGGGACCAUUACAGACUCAGUCUCAUCUCUCAGUAGCCACUGGUUUACUGAGGGUGUAUCGUUACCCUCGUUGCCACGAGCCAGAAGGAGCGUGGGGGAUUGACGUGCACACAGAUAGCUCAGUCCUCUCCAUUAUUCACCAAGAUGAAGUUGGAGGCCUUCAAGUUUACAGCAAAGAUCAUCAAUGGCUUGACGUCAAUCCUCUUCCCAAUACACUAAUUGUCAAUAUUGGUGACAUGUUGCAGGCAAUGAGUGAUGACAAGUAUAUGAGCGUGAAGCAUAGAGUGAAGGUGAACAAACACAAAGAGAGAAUAUCAAUAGGUUAUUUUGUAUUCCCUGCCGAAGAUGCUAUCAUUCAAAGCACAAACUACAAGCCCUUUACCUACGCCGAUUUUCGAGCACAAGUUCAACAUGAUUUGAAGACAGUAGGCAUCAAGACUGGUCUCCAGAAAUUCAAGUUUACUACUCAAAUCUCUUAACUGUGUACCUUAGUUUAAUGGGAAAAAAUGGUGCACAAAUAAUUAGUUCCUGCUGUAUCUUUAGCUGACUGUAACUUGUAUAAACUAGUAAUAUUCAGGUUUUUUUCUUGGUUAUGAUU